AUGAAUGUUGAUGCAAGUUGUAUUACUACGCUCGUAGAGCGUUGGCGACCCGAGAUGUCGACCUUCCACUUGCCAUUUGGUGAGGUCAUGAUCACUUUAGAGGAUGUUGUGACACUAAUCGGUCUAGCAAUCGACGGUGAUGUCGUCGUAGUAGACAUACCAGAUGAGGAGUGGUCGAAUAUAUGUAUGAGACUGUUAGGAUGGGUUCCUGAUGAUCUUUCCAGCGGUGUCGUUAGGAUUGGUUGGUUGAGGGAUGAAUUCAGUCAUCUCCCGACAAAUGCAUCCCAGGAAACUACAGAGCAGUUUGCACGAGCUUAUGCUCUAUCUCUGAUGGGAGUUGUACUGUUCCCGUAUCAGUCUAGAGCUACGGUGCAACUACAGUACCUACUUUUGGUGGAGGAUUGGCAGAGAGCUGGACCGUACGCCCGGGGAGCAGCUGUUUUAGCCUACCUAUACCGUGAGAUGGUUAGGUCGGUUUUGCACAUUACGCAUUCCUCCUCUUCCCUAGGAGGUGACCUUGUUGGAUGGAUCCUCUUACUGCAGCUCUGGGCAUGGGAUCGAUUUCCAUAUCUAAUACCGCGACAUGCAGAGAGGAAAGCGCAGAUUACCGAGGAUGCAUUCCUACCUGGUGUUCGAUGGCUUCCGGCAAAAACUCGUCAGUACAGUGACCAAUUAUUCCUGUACAAGUUGUGGUUCGACGAGAUGGAGACCAUGGUGGUUAGUAUAUAA